CCGUUGAAAACAAGAUCCAGCUAUUUCUCGUACAAGGGGCCUAAAAGCAGUGCGAAACAGAACUGGUUGAUAACUUAGUUCUGUUGUGUUAGCACAUGGAUUAUUCUUUGAGCGGUAUGAUUGAAGAGGACUGAUCACGUGAUAUGGAGAUCUAUGCGUUGUGGGUUGGCUUAAAAUCAAAUUCAACAAGCAAAUAUUUCAUGACACGUUGGUUUGACUGCUGUGAAACCAGAAGGGAUUGAAAAUCCAAAACAGAUAAACACGAAAACUGGCCAGCUUUCCAAUGCUAGACAGAAACCUACCAUGGCAGCCUGUGUGGAUUACCCUUGUGGAGAUGUCUACUUAAGGCUGCAAGCUGGGUGCAGCUCACUGCUAGAGAAAAUAAACCAAUAUUUGACAUCAUCAGACAAAUUUUUCUCACUUGAGUUCUAUCCACCACGUACUCGAAAUGGAACUUGCAACCUGCUUGAAAAGUGUGACAGAUUUGUUGAAGGAAGUCCGCUGUUCUGUGAUGUAACUUGUGACAUGAAAGAUUAUGAUUGUGAUGAAGUUAAAAACAACAAUGCUAUUACACUAGCAUCUGCAACUCAGGAACUUUUUGGUGUUGAAACAAUGCUUCAGCUGGACUGUGCAAGGCUAACAGAAUGUAAAGCACAAGAAAUUCUGAAACAAGCUCAAUGUUUAGGUCUUAAAAAUGUUCUUGCAAUGAAAGAGGCUCCCAAGAGCAAAGAGGAUGAAAUUCGCUCCACUAGUUCAUAUGUAGAUUUCAAAAAUACUGUUGAUCUUGUUCGCUUUAUCAAGAAAUGCUUUGGAGAUUAUUUUACCAUUUGUGUUGCAGGCUACCCAUCAACAUAUGAUAAUGAUGAGUAUUAUGAAGAAAGUCUCCAGCAUUUGGAAGCAGAGAUCAAAGAGGGAGCAGAUUUUAUUAUCACUCAGAUGGUUUUUGAUGCUACAAUGCUCAUCUCCUUCAUUAAAAGAUGCAGGGCCAUGGACAUCAAUGUUCCCAUUAUUCCAGGAAUAUUUCCAAUACAGAGCUAUUCCUGCAUAAAACAGUUAGCCAAGGAGUCAAGUAUCACUAUACCACAAAGAGUUAUGAAUGUUCUGAAUCCCAUCAAAGGCAAUGAUGAAGCUGUGUUGAAGUACGGAACAUUCUUAACAGUUCAGCUUUGCAAGGCAUUGCUUGAGACUGCACUGGUUUGUGGUCUUCAUUUCUACACACUCAAUCGUGAAACAGCAACUACAGAUAUACUCAAACAAUUGGGCCUUUGGAAAGAGGAACGCAUACAAAGACGUGUCUUACCUUGGCAGCAGUGUGAGGAAAACCAAGAAAGGGCAAUGUCAGAAACUGUACGACCAAUUUUUUGGGCCUUGAGGCCAGAAAGUUAUGUUUUUAGAACUUCGCAAUGGGAUGAGUUUCCAAAUGGACGAUGGGGCGAUUCAACUUGUUCUUCCUUUGGUAGAUUUAGUGAUUAUCAUUUAUUUUUUGCAAAGAACAGAGACAGACUGCCUGAACUAAAGAGAAUGUGGGGUGAAGCUAUUGAGAAUGAAGAAGAUGUUAGGGAUGUUUUUGUUUCUUAUUUAUCUGGAAUGACAAACAAAGCUGGCGUCAAGGUAACUACGAUCCCUUGGGCAGAAGACGACCUUGCUCAAGAGACCCAUGUGAUUCGUGAACGGCUUGUUCAUCUCAACAGGAAUGGAAUCCUCACGAUCAACAGCCAACCCAAUGUUAAUUGUCUUCCAUCUUCGGAUAAAGUAUUUGGUUGGGGAGGCCCUGGAGGAUACGUCUUCCAAAAGGCUUAUCUGGAAUUCUUUGCAAAUAAAGAAGAUUCUCUGAAUCUGCUGACAGUGCUAGAAGAUCAUCCAACGGUUAAUUACCAUAUCGUUAAUAAACAGGGCAACGAGAAUUACACGAACACGAAUAAGGAAUCUCCGAAUGCUGUCACUUGGGGCGUUUUUACUGGAAGGUCAAUCAUUCAACCAACGGUGGUAGAUCCAUUGGCAUUUUUUGUUUGGAAAGAUGAGGCAUUUGAGCUGUGGAUGCAACAAUGGGGAAGACUCUAUCCACCAGGAUCCAAAUCACGAGAGAUUAUCAAAGGAUUCCAGGACAGUUAUUACCUUGUUAAUCUGGUUGAUAAUGACUUUAUCAAAGGCAACUGCCUCUUUGAUAUUGUAGACAAGGUGAUAUCAAUGCGAAAAGCCGCUUAUGAUGUUGUUUCAUGAUAUUUAAUAUUCAGAAUCAAAUUUUUGUAUGUAUAACUGUGUAAAUUUGGUAUUGCUUAAAGCUGUACUUUUUUUUUCGACAAUGUGACAAGAUGAACAACGUCAGAAAACAAAGUGGUCAAAGUGAUGCAUUUGGACGUUUCAUAAUGUUUUAUUUAUUUCACACUUGUCUCAUUGCUUGAAAAGAAAAAGUAAUCUGUGUUUGUGAAGACUACUUGUUUGUCUUUAUAAAUGUUAAUUGUAAAUGUUUGUACACAUUUGUUUUGAACAAUAUUGCUUAAAACGA